GAUAUCCCGCCCUUGCUCCACUGGCAUCAGCUGUCCGUCCUACAGGAUAGAAUCAGAUGCUCCAGAGGAUGACAUCGAAGACCUUCUCCCAGGGGUGGUGUACCACACGCAGCCCCUCAUCCAGCCCUACCCUCCCCCCCAGGCUAAGGCGGAGAGGCUCAUAGGAGAGCCCGACGUACCGGUUGAGGCCACCUACAUCAAGGAUGAUGAAUGGAGCCCCUGCAGUGUGACGUGCGGUGAAGGUUGGAGGAAGAAAGAAGUUCACUGCAAGAUUUUUCUAGAAUUUUCUAGAACUAUAGCGAAGCUUCCAGAUAGUAAGUGUAUGGGGCCGAAGCCAGCGGAAGAGACGGAGAGAUGCGUGAUGGAACCGUGUUCCAUGGCGUAUGGGACCUCGUUUGGAGAUUCCAGUGUGCCUUCGUACGACCGAGGGGGCGACAGGUCGUUGAUCUUCGGAACAUCAAGCAACAUCAGGGUAGCCCCAGGGUCUCCGGGCAAGUCAUACUCCUGGAAGGAGAAGGGGUACACCAGCUGCAGUGCCUCUUGCCUUAGUGGGGUUCAGGAGCUGAUAAUCCAGUGCGUCCGAGACGAAGACGGCAAGAACGCUUCCCCCUACAUGUGCGACCCGCUGACCAAGCCCGAGAACAGAGUGAGGACCUGCAAUGACCACCCCUGCCCGCCGAGAUGGAACUACACCGAGUUUUCUCAAUGCACGAAGUCGUGCGGCAUCGGAAUACAAACCAGGGAGGUGACGUGCAUACACGAGGUAACAAGGGGAGGCACGAACACAGUGGUGGUGCCGAACAGCAUGUGUCCCCAGCCGCCCCCACCGGACCGACAGUACUGCAACGUGCUGGACUGCCCCGUGCGCUGGCAGACCGGCGAGUGGACCAAGUGCUCCAAGACCUGCGGCGGCGGCCUCAAACAGAGAGAGCCUCCCCCGCCGGACCGGCAGUACUGCAACGUGCUGGACUGCCCCGUGCGCUGGCAGACCGGCGAGUGGACCAAGUGCUCCAAGACCUGCGGCGGCGGCCUCAAGCAGAGAGAGGUGGGGGUCCUUACAGCUGAUGAUGAUGAGCAGACGAAGGAGCUUUUCGAACAACUUAGAACUAAGCGGUCUUCUACUGUGGACUGCAAGCAAGUGAUGGCACAGUCCCACGUGGUGGAGAGACCGGCCUCUCUCUGCAGCUCCCCUCGACCAGCCUCCACCAAGUCCUGCAACACAAGGCCUUGUCUCCUGGACACUGCGUCCCCAGAGAUAUCUUUGGCCAACUCGUCGUAUAUACAGCAUGAUCCAAAGAAGAAAAAGGUGACUGUAAAAGUGGGGGGCUCGGCGACGAUCUUCUACGGGACCCAGGUGAAGAUCAAGUGUCCGGUCAAGGGCUACAACAGGACCAAGAUUCAGUGGGCGAAGGACCAUCAGAUCAUCACCAAGUCUAAGAAGUACAAGAUUUCGAAGAAGGGCGCUCUCCGCAUCACCUCUCUCUCGCUCCGCGACCACGGCGUGUACACGUGCGUGGCGGGACGGUCAAGCGCCAACCUUACGCUGCUGGUCAAGCCACGGCCUGGCGAGUUCCCGUCCAGCGAGGAGAUAGAACGGCACAAGGCGCUGGACGAACCGUCGUCCCCUUUAGCUGACAGCCGCGCGGAUGGUCGGUACCGCGCUAUGAUUGGCAGCGCAUCCGACGACCAGUCCCAUGAGCAGCGCCCGGGGGACCAAAAGAAGACCUAUAAGAACCGUUCCCGGGGUAAAAUAGACAAAGUGAGAGACGCGCUGUACGGAAACACAGCUACCACGAGCACUACAGCAGCUCCCAGCUAUAAUUCUCAAGCCAGGGAUAUCUACGAUGAAAAUGAGACUUUCGGCAACUCCAGGGGACAGAGGAUGGUAGACCCCAUAAUAAUGUAUCAGAACUACGGCGUCCCUUCCAAAACCAGAGUGAUCAAUCUCGAAGAUAAGCAAAUAGUGUUCCCCGAAGAUGAUGAUUCCGAUAUCAUUAUAGUCAAUGAAGAUUACAAUAGAAAUUAUGAUUAUAAUAGAAAUACAAUUGAAGAUACCACAGCUCAGGAAUUAAAAGAAGUUAAUGAUAUUGAGACAACUACAGAUCACAGGAUGAACCAGUACUUGGACGCACACGAGUAUGAGUGGAUGACCACAGAAUGGUCACCCUGCAACGCGCCCUGUGGCCAGACUGGCCAUGAAGUCAGAGGGGCUGUGUGCCAGCACAAGAAGACCAAUUCCACCACCACGGUGGAGACAGAUGAGUGCACGUCCCGGGGCAUUACACCUCCUACGGUGCUGCGUCCUUGCAAAAGCCAUAGCUGUGCCAGCUGGAGGACUAGCGCGUGGUCACCCAUCCGGUGCUUGGCCAGCGGAACUGCGGUAAGCAGACGCAAAGUGGAGUGUGUGAGCGAGAACGGGACUAUACAGGCCGACACCAGCUGUGAGUACAGCGCGCGGCCUGAGAAGACCCGGCGCGAGGCCACGCCCUGCAGGCCGGCCUGGUCUGUCGGGCCUUGGAGCAAGGUAAGGGUUUGA